UAUACUUUUAUGAACAAAAAAGCGAAUCAUGUCGGAGCUUAUUGAACGAUUUCUCGCCACUGAUCCAUCAAGUUUUCAAUAUUUACAGAUUGAUUGAUUCGUCUUCUUUUGUCAUUCAAUAAAUCCAGCUUUACAAGAGUUUUGAUCGCUGAAAUAUGGUGAAAGACACAGAAUAUUACGACAUCUUGGGAGUCAGUACUGAUGCAUCUGCAUCCGAUAUUAAAAAGGCCUACUAUGUCAAAGCAAGGAAAGUUCACCCUGAUAAAAAUCCUGGGGACCCGAAAGCUGCCCAAAAUUUUCAGGUUCUUGGAGAGGCGUAUCAGGUUCUAAGUGAUCCUGAAAAGCGUGAAGCAUAUGACAAAAAUGGAAAAGCAGGAGUACCAGAUGAUUCAAUGGUGGAUCCUGCAGCUGUUUUUGGCAUGCUAUUUGGUAGUGAUUUAUUUGAGGAUUAUAUUGGGCAACUUUACAUGGCUGCUAUACAGUCAGUAGAACUUGAAGAGGAAGGACAGGUGCCUGAAAUCCGCAAAAUGAAAGUCCAAGAAAGGAUGAGGGAAUUUCAAAAGGAGAGGGAAACCAAACUCAUAACAAUUCUCAAGAAUCGCCUUCGGCCAUUUGUUGAAGGACAAACAACAGAAUUUGUAAAUUGGGCAACAAAAGAAGCCCAUCAGCUCUCAAAAGCUGCUUUUGGUGAGGCUAUGUUACAUACAAUUGGCUACAUAUACACAAGACAAGCUGCAAGAGAACUUGGAAAAGAUAAACGUUAUAUGAAGGUCCCAUUCAUAGCUGAAUGGGUAAGAGACAAAGGACACCAAAUGAAAUCACAAGUUUCAGCCGCUUCAGGUGCUGUGUCUUUGAUACAAAUACAAGAAGACCUUAAGAAGUUGAACACUUCAGAAGGAAAAGAACAACAGAUAAUGAAAGCUGUUGAAGAGAAAAAAGAUCAAAUGGUUAAUUCCUUGUGGCAGAUCAAUGUUGUUGAUAUCGAAACAACAUUAUCCCGUGUCUGCCAAGCGGUGUUGAAAGACCCAACGGUUUCGAAAGAUGAAGUGAAGAGACGUGCAAUUGGGAUGAAGAAGCUUGGAACAAUAUUGCAAGGAGCCAAGACAAAUUAUCGCAGGGAUAAUAGUUUGAGACAGGAAGGCGUUCAAGUCCAACAACAGUCUGCUUCUUCAUCCAAGUAGCAUAUGUGUAUGCUCAUGCUUCCAUGUCAUCAUCACGUAUUCGAUAUUUUUAUGUUGAUUAUUGUAGUGAAAUACUGUAUAAAUUUGCAUCAUAAUUCAAGUUUGUAAUACUUUCCGAAUGUAUUUUAUAAGAUGAAUGUUCAGAUGGAUUUUUGUUAUAAGUUUCUUAUCAAAUAAGGCAUCUGGUUAUUGAAAGUUAAA